UUCGACGCCAAACGUUUGUUGCCGGCAAUAUUUAUAAAUAUUUUAAUUUUUCAACGUAAAAUUGCAAAAAAUAAACAAACAAAAUGUCUGCUGGCAUGCCAAUAAAUCCUAAACCAUUUCUAAAUGGUCUCACUGGCAAACCCGUGCUAGUUAAGCUGAAAUGGGGACAGGAAUACAAGGGCUUUCUCGUUUCGGUGGACGGCUACAUGAACAUGCAGUUGGCAAACACAGAGGAAGUGAUCGAUGGCUCAGUUACAGGCAAUCUUGGUGAAGUGCUGAUACGCUGCAACAAUGUUCUUUACAUAAAGGGCAUGGAAGAUGACGAUGAGGAGGGUGAAAUGAGAGAUUAAGAUAGUGCAAGGGGCGCCAUUUUCAGUACAAGACGUCAAAAAAGCAAACUUAAUAUUUAAGAGCCAAAAAGUAAUAAAAA